CCCAGAUCCUGCCAUAAUCACCUGUGUUGGAUACUCCCUCUUUAGUUUGCACUUAAACCUCUAUAAUCAUGCUGCAGUUUUGACACACAGAUUAUAAGAUUCAUGCAGAACUCUCACCAUGUCAAAAUGGUUGGAUCUUCUGCUGCUGCUGUUUUCCCUCAUCUGUCAUAGUGAUGAGUCAGUACGAGGAUCUUCUGAUCUGUUCAGAGCUCAGAUUGGAGAAGACAUCACUCUGAACUGCAGCAUGAUUGACAGAUAUGAAGUGUCCUGGUAUCAUCUCAGAUCUGAAGAGCUCGUUCUGCUGAUUUCUGGAGAGGAGGACGAAACCGGGAGUGAACUUCUGAUCAACUACAAUCUAAACAGCAAUCGUCUGAAAAUCACAGCAGACAGCUGGAUCACCAGUGUUUCUCUAACUAUUUCAGGAGUAUCAGAGUCAGAUUCUGGUCUUUAUUUCUGUGGAACAAAGUCUGAAGCUCCAGAGAUGCAGUUUGACAAACCCAUCAGACUGGAGAUUGAUGGUCUUUUUGUAACAGAAAAGCCAAAAGAAGUUGUGGACAUCACAGAUGGAGUGAUGGCGAAUCGUGUGUUGAUGUUCAGUGGUGUUGGACUAGCUGUGUUUUUUCUGCUUUUAGUCAUCGCUGGAGGGAUUGAUUACCAUCGCAGACGGCAGAAAGGAUGGAAAGCAGCAAAACGUGGAGUUAUGAUUGAUCAAAAAUCAACUGAAUGAUAUCUGUUUCUGCUUUUCAAGCAGUAUAUUUUACACAAAUGCAGUUUGUAUGUAAGUAAUGAUCUAAAAAAAGAAAAGAAAAGACAUUUCUAUGUUUUGCAUGUUUGUAUCAUUAGGCUGUAUAUUGCAUUUUAUAUUUAUCUAUAGGAGCAUUAAACCUGUUUUCAAGAGAAAAUAUUUUU